UACAGCAGAGAAAGUGUAUUUAAAAAGAUGGCGGAAACCGAAAGCAAAAAAUACAAGUUACAACACUUUGAAACAUAAACCACCUCAUGUGCUACUCAUUACACUUGGAACAAGAUCUAAUUUAAAAGGCACUUGGAAAUAAAACUCAACAUUUUAAUCAUGGCAGAUUAUUGGAAGUCUACAGGCAAAAGGUUUUGUGAUUUCUGUAAAUGUUGGACAGCUGAUAAUAAAGCUAGUAUUGACUUCCAUGAAAGAGGAAAAAAUCAUCAAGCUAAUGUGAAGAGAAGACUUGGAGAGAUAAAAAAGAACUCCAUUGAAAAAAGAAAGAAAGAUGAAGCUUCGAAGAAAAUGUUUGCCCAAAUGGAAAAGGCCGCAUUGGCAGCUGUGGAAAAAGAUAUUCAAGCUAACCAAGGAGCAGUUGGCAAGUCUGACAUGAAAAAUAUCGUUUCCGCUCACGCUGCUGGCUCAGGUAACAACAGCUCAACGUAUCCUUGGACCGCUAUGAUCGCUCCACAAGGCUUCACAUAUUACUACAAUUCAUUAACUGGAGAAUCCUCCUGGACAAUGCCUGAAGUGUUUAAGAAGUUACACGAAGAAAAGAUAAAAGAAGAAGAAGAAUCACAACCGAAGAAGAAAAAAAAGAAAAAAGAGAAAGAGCUACCAAAGAAUCCUUACAUUAAAUCAGAAGAACGACCUGAAGAGGUUCAUAAUAUACAUCCACUGCUUGGUGGGUGGUCGACUGUUCGACGUCAUGAAGUGGAAGGUGAAGAAGAAAGUAAAGACCAAAUGAACCAGCAGAGUACCGAAAAUUCCGGUAACAACGAGGUAAGUGACAGAAGCGAGGAUGCAGAAGCUUCCGAGAUGAAAAACGACGAAGAAAGAAGCAGUGGGAAAAAAUUUAAAGAGAAAGUAAUGAAAACAAACUUGGCGGCGACAACAGACGAACCAGUUGCUUUCAAAAAAAGAAAAUCAAAAUCGCGUAACAUGCGAAAGCGAGACGAUGAUGAUUGAACUUUCUGACGGAAGUUGGUUAAUAAAAUGAAUGAUAGAAUUAACGAAGUGAAUUUGCACCAAGCAAGAAAGUAUUCACUCUUCAUUCAAACUUUCGGAAAAUAACAAAAGCCUAGAACAAAGCGUAUUUCAACAGCGCCAUGGUUAUGGUUAUGGUUAAACGCUAUUUUGUAAUGAUAAAAGACUUACAAAUUGGAAUGGAUAUAAGUGGAUAUAAAUAUAAGGACAUUGUUUUUUAUAUAUUUUUAUCGCAUGGAUUUAAAAAUGUAUUUAUAUGCGAUAAAUUGAAUCGGGGAAUUGAUAUUGUUUCAGA